AUGGAUGUAGGAUGUGGUACCAGCCAAGCUCCAGUAGGAUGUGGUGGCCGUGAUAUUGACAGGGCUGCAAUAGGAGGUCGUGGUCAUGGUACCCGCUGGGCUCCGGUAAGAGGUCGUGGUCAUGGUACCCGCUGGGCUCCGGUAAGAGGUCGUGGUCAUGGUACUAAUAGGGCUCCGGUAAGACGUGGUACCAGCUGGGCUCCGGUAAGAGUUGGUGGCCAUGAUAUCAGCCGGGCUACUAUAGGAGGUGGAGGCCGUGGUACCAGCUGGGCUCCGGUAAGAGGUCAUGGCCGUGGUACCAGCUGGGCUCCGGUAAGAGGUGGUGGUCAUGGUACCCGCUGGGCUCCGGUAAGAGGUCAUGGUCAUGGUACUGAUAGGGCUCCGGUAGGACGUGGUACCGGCUGGGCUCCGGUAAGAGGUGGUGGUCGUGGUAUCAGCUGGGCUUCUAUAGGAGGUGGUGGUGGUGGUACCAGCUGGGCUCCGGUAAGAGGUGGUGGUCGUGGUAUCAGCCGGGCUACUAUAGGAGGUGGUGGUACCAGUUGGGCUCCGAUAAGAGGUCGUGGUCAUGGUACCAGCUGGGCUCCGGUAAGAGGUAGUGGUGGUGGUACCGACAGCGCUGCAGUAGGAGGUGGUGGCCAUGAUAUUGAUAGUGCUCCGGUAGAAGGUGGUACCGACACGGCUGCAUCAAGAGGUGGUGUCAAUGAUACUGACAGGGCUACUCUAGGAGUUGUUGGCAAUGAUCCUGACAGGGCUUUGGCAGGAGGUGGUGGUGGUGGUACCGACAGCGCUGCAGUAGGAGGUGGUGGCCAUGAUAUUGAUAGUGCUUCGGUAGGUGUUGGCCAUGAUAUUGAUAGGGCUCCGGUAGAAGGUGUUGGCCAUGAUAUUGAUAGUGCUCCGGUAGAAGGUGGUGGUACCAACAGGGCUACUCCAGGAGUUGGCAAUGAUCCUGACAGGGCUUCGGCAGGAGGUGGUGGCGUAAUGUUCCUCAAGGGCACUCACAAACACAACACGUAUGUAGAUGCAUUAUAUUUUGCAGUAGUAACUUUUAGCUCAGUUGGAUACGGAGAUCUUGUUCCUAACACCAUAUUGACCAAGAUGUUAAUGGAAUGGAUUGAUAGUGUUUAUUUGUCCAUCAUAUCCAUUUCAACCGUUGGAUACGGUGAUUUAUCUUUUAGUACUGUAAAAGGAAGAUGUUCUGCUUUAGUCUUGCUUUCGAUAAGCACAAAGCGGAUAAUCUUAUCAAGAGAAUUGGUUGCUGCUGAUGUGGAUAAAGAUGGAUAUAUCAGUAAAUUUAAAUAUAUCUUAUACAAGCUUCAACAAAUGGGGAAGAUAACCGAGCAAGACAUUCAUCUAAUAGACCAGCUAUUUAAUUCAUUGGAUCCUCUCACAGAUUUGGCAAGUUUAGACUUGCUACUCGUGCUACCCUCCUAG